AAAGUGAGAAUCCUCAGCAAGCAAAAACUCUAAAGAAGAAUAUAAUUGGUUAAAUUCCUCAGAAAAUCCAAAAGAAUUAGAGAUGACACUUCUUCUUCAUCAACUAAACCAUAUCCACAAGCCACCAGUAGUACUAUACCGACGCCUCCGAAAACCAUACAGAUUACCAGUGAUCUCCGCCGUGUCCGGUAAAGAACUGAUACUUUCCGGCAAGGUCCGGUCGGUGGAGCCGAAAGAAGCCAAGACGGUUGUGGCGUCGGAGGGAUACGUGCUCUUAGACGUGAGGCCGGCUUGGGAAAGAGAAAAGGCACGUGUGAAAGGGUCCUUACACGUGCCCCUGUUCGUGGAGGAUACAGACAAUGGGCCGAUUACGUUGCUGAAGAAAUGGAUUCAUUUGGGAUACAUUGGGCUUUGGACGGGCCAGAGAUUCACCAUGUUCAAUGACGAAUUCACCCUCCGUGUUGUGGAGGCUGUCCCGGACAAAGAGAGUAAAGUGCUCGUCGUGUGCGGUGAAGGACUCAGGUCGUUGGCGGCUGUAUCAAAACUCCACGGAGAAGGGUACAAAAGCUUAGGGUGGUUAGCCGGAGGGUUUAACCGAGUAACCGAGGGAGAUUUUCCAGAGAUAGAAGGGACCGAAGAGCUUCGGUUCGCCACGAUAGGAGGUGUAUCAUUUUAUUUACUCAAACUAAUUGUACUGUUACCGUCUUUUGGCCAGAAGAGUCGUUAAAUUGGUUUUUGAAGCCAAGUGUGGAGAUUCUCCCUCUCUAUAUGUGAGACAUUUUUUUAUUCUUAAAAUUGUGUCCGGUUUGAUGACAAUACGGCGCGGUUCUGGUUUAUUAUUAUUACAGAUGUCUUUCAUUA